UAGACAGGCGCCAUGUUGGAUAGGGAACAGAAAGUCCGAAUGAGAGAUUUUAUCCAUUGAAAGACAUUUAUAAUACGCCAAUAGAGUUGCAGUACCAUAACUGUAUGUGAUAAUUAAUGGCGGGGAGUCCUUAUCGAACUGCCACUUGUUAACACCUAGGUUAUUGAUCUGAAAUGAUGUUAUACUUAGACAUUACUUGGAUAACAACGACAGAUUUGUAAAAAAGACAAAGUGGUUCCAGUAGGCAAACUGAGUGCCAAAAAGAGAGCUAGAUUGGCAGGUGCUCGCUACAGAUGACAGUAACAAUCUCUCAAAAUGUUACUUAGAACGCAGAUGGUGGGUAUCGAAUUUUACGAUGCCGUUCUCAACAACGAAUUACAGUUACUGAAGAGAAUUGUGACUCAACACAAAAUAGAUCUAAAUGCCAAAUUUGUGGAGGUAAGAAAGAAAAACCACGCUGAUCUGUGUCCGAUUCAUUUAGCGGCGUAUAGAGGGUACACCUACAUGCUACAAUACCUAAUCGAGUCAAAGUGUGACGUCAACAAAACGACAGCAACGUUACGUAGAACGGCGUUGCACUUCGCAGUGUUGCGCCACAAGUUGGCGUGUAUGCUGUUGCUCAUUCGAGCGGGUGCUAAAAUAGACGCUAAAGACACGUUUAGCAACUCUCCUUGUCAUUACGCUGCCGAUGAUGGCUAUUGUCAAAUUUUAGACCGUCUGAUUCGACGCGGAGUGAAUGUAAAUACUCAGGAUAUAACGUCAAAAACCCCCUUAAUGAAAGCCGUGAGAAACAAUAAAACCGAUGCAGUCAUCAGACUCAUAAGAGCAAACUGCAAUAUGAAUAUAACAGACAGGAAUUACGACAUGGCUCUGCAUUAUGCCUCCAGGAAUGGGUGUGCUGACGUCAUUGAUAUUCUUAUUUCGGCGGGAAGUUUGAUUGACGUUCAAAAUUACUGGGGGCGCACGCCUUUAAUGGAGGCAGUGUGCUACAACCACAAGGAAGCCGUGGCCAGGCUUUUAAAAGCUCACUGUGAUUUAAAUCGACGAGAAUUCAAAACAGGAGACACGGCUUUGCACAUUGCGAUAAAGCGGAACUAUACAGAAGUAGUCGAACUACUUCUUAGAGCCGGAAGUCGGCACGAUAUUUACAAUCACCAGAGUGAAACAGCCGCGUAUGAUGCGGUUGUCAGCAACAAAAUCGAGAUUAUCAGACUUAUGGUUGUUCAUAACUGCGACCUAGAGCAGCCUGGGAAAUAUUUUACGAACGGUGUUUACAAAUCGCUUUUUCAAAUUGCUUCAGAGAGGGGCCAUUUCACAAUCUGCAGACUUUUGGCAGUUCACGGUUAUGUGGAUUAUAGAGCCCGGAUGUAUUUUCACCCAAGCUAUAUCCCUCCGCGGUUAGUGCCAGAGGCAGAAUUUGUUGUGAACUGGCUGAGGAAGAAGAUGCAGACGACUACCUCUCUUCAGCAGCUUUGUCGGAAGUGCAUUCGGAAAAGAAUCGGGUACAAAAUAGCGGAGAGCGUCGAGGCCUUGCCAAUGCCACGCGCUUUAAAAGAUUACGUAUUGAUAAAAGAUUUUAACGAAAGCGACCAAAUGAACUUUAAAUAAUCUGAUUUAUCUUUUAUUUUGAAUGUUAAGACUCAAUGCGAUACUCUUUAUGCCAUUUCUGAUAUCAAUGCAAAGUUUCAUUGUUAAUGGAUUAAACCACAUCUUCAUUUAUCGUUAACA